CAAAAACAUAACAAAUCACAUUGUUCAACUAUGGAAUUGUCUUUGGUCUUGACAACCUUAACUAUUGUCACGUUUAUUUCCACAGUAACAUCACAAUCACCCAUUCAAAAUUUUGUGAGUUGUUUCUCUAAGUUCCAUGAACCUUCACAUUCCCCUAUCACUCAAGUGAUUUACACACCAAACAACAAUACAUUCUCAACCAUUCUAAAUCAGCACAUACGAAACAAGAGAUUUAAACUAGAUUCAACACCGAAACCUUUGGCAAUAAUAACUGCAAAAAGUGCUUCUGAUGUUCAAGCAACAGUUAAAUGUGCAAAAAGUAACAACAUUCAGAUCAGAAUCAGAGGCAGUGGUCAUGAUUAUGAAGGUUACUCAUAUGUAUCUGAUGUUCCUUUUAUUAUACUUGACAUGUUUCUUAUAAAUGGAAUAAAUAUAGAUAUACAUAAUGAAGUAGCAUGGGUUGAAUCUGGAGCAACACUUGGAAAGCUUUAUUAUACAAUUGGUAAGACAUCCGAUUUGUAUGCUUACCCUGCUGGUAUCUGUUUUUCUUUGUCUGUUGGGGGUCAUUUUUCAGGUGGUGGGUAUGGACCUCUGUUAAGAAAAUUUGGUCUUGCUGCUGAUAAUAUUGUUGAUGCAAAAAUUGUUGAUGUUAAUGGUAAAAUUCUUGAUAGAAAAGCAAUGGGGGAAGAUCUUUUUUGGGCUAUAACCGGUGGUGGUGGGGCUAGUUUUGGUGUCAUUCUUUCAUGGAAAAUUAAAUUAUUUAAGAUACCUAAUCUUGUAACAGUUUUUCAUGUGACAAAAACUUUAGAAGAAGGUGCAAUUAAUUUAGUUUACAAAUGGCAAUUAAUUGCAUCAAAAUUGCCCGAUGAACUUUUCAUUCUCGCGAAACCUAAGGUUGUAAAAAAUGCUAAGGAUGGUAAAAAAUUUGUGCAAGUUCAUUUCAUUGGUCUAUUUGUAGGUACAAAUAAAGAGCUUUUACCUUUGAUUAAUAAGAAUUUUCCUGAAUUGGGUUUAAAGACUAGUGAUUGUCAUCAGUUACCUUGGGUUAGAUCAACUCUAAUUUGGAACGAUUUGCCAAUAGAAGCAAAUCUUAAAGCAUUGUUAGAUGAACCAAAAGCCAACCAAACCGUCUAUUUCAAAGGCCAAUCAGAUUUUGUGAAGAAACCAAUUCCAAAAGUAGGUAUUAAGGCCAUAUUUCAAAAGAUGAUUGAAGAUGAUAGUUUUUUUAUGUAUUGGACUCCUUAUGGUGGAAAAAUGGAUAAGAUAUCAACAUCAGCUACACCAUUUCCUCAAAGAAAAGGGACCUUGUUCAUGAUUCAGUAUACUAAUUAUUGGCUUGAAGAUACUCCUGGAACUAUUGAACGUCAAAUCAAUUUUUCCAGAUCUUUUAAUAAAUUUAUGACACCUUAUGUUUCAAAUUCUCCAAGGGCAUCAGCUUUGAAUUACAGAGAUGCUGAUAUUGGUGCCAAUCAUCCAAGUAAUGUCACCAAAAUGGAGAUUUCUAAAGUCUACGGAAUCAAGUAUUUUAAUGAUAAUUUUGGUAGAUUAGUUAAUGUGAAAACAAAGGUUGACCCUAGUAACUUUUUUAGAUAUGAACAGAGUAUACCUACAAAACUUAAAUAAUAUGAAGGUUGUAAUAUCAAUUCAAAAAGAAAUAACUCUUUUUCUUAGAAGAGAAAUCAUAAAUUUUAUAUUAAACACAGAU